AUGGCAGAUCGUUAUAUUGAAUCAAAUACUGUCAAAAAUUUAUCUAAUGAUCAAAAUAAAGAAGAGCUAAAUAAUGCUUCUCAAAACAAACAAUCUCCAAUUCGUCCAACAACUUUAAACGUGACAACAACAAUAAAUACGACUCAUCAGGAGGAUAUUCAUCGAUAUAAUAUUGAUCAUAUUCAAAUGACUCCAUCGCCUAUCGAUACUCAACCUCGAAUAUUUCAAGCAGGUUCAUUAUUCAAUUUAGAAACAUUUGAACGUAUUAAAUUAAAUACCGAUGAACGAACAAAAAAAACGAUGAUAAAAAAAGAAGAAAAAACAAAUGAAGAUAAUGAUAAUGGCAGUAAACAAGUUUCCAAUGAUAUUUCAAAUUCAACAACAACAACAAAUGAAAUUGAACGUUUAACUCAAUUAAUUAUUCGUGAACGUCCUGCUGAUCAUAAUGAAGUUGCUGAUACUCUUCUUUAUAUGAUUGGUUUAGUCAAUAAUCCAACAACAACAUCAUCGAUGAUAGACGUCGAUGAUAUGAAUACUGAUAACCACCAAACAACAUCAUCAUUAUCAAAAGUGAUCAUUUCUACACAGCCAUAUAUACCUUUAAAUCAAACAGGUAUUGUCGCCGAACAUGAUCGUCCCUAUGCCGAUUAUGGUCAUCUUGAUGCAAAAACGAUUGUUGAAGAAUGCAAUAUUAAUCUUGAUAUCGAUGAUGAUACAUUAUCAUCUCACAAUAAUGAUACUGAAGAAGAACAAGAGCAAUCUGCUGCAAAAAAACGAUUAUCUACUAAAUCAUUUGCUAUUACUAGUUGGACAAAUACAUCAAAAGAAAUUGUUAUGAAGGAAAUUAAAAAACAAUUUGGUAUUGAAAAAAUACGAUAUGCUUGUGUUGCAAAAGAGAUGAAUACACAAACAAAUAAAACUCAUCUUCAUAUACAAAUUAUUCUUAAAGAAAAAGGACAAAAACAAAGUGGAUUUCUUGACAAAAUAACAAAAACUCAUUGUAAUUAUCAAGUCACAGAUAAUGAUCGAGCUUGGAAUGCUUAUAUUAAAAAAGGUUCAGAUUUUAUCGAAAUUGGUAGAUUUAAAUCAACGUCGAAGCGAGCUGUUCAAUAUUGGCCUUCUCAAUCACCACCAUCAUCUGUACCAUGCAAUAUAGUAGCAUUACAUUCUACAAUAACUACUAUUAAUCCUCCUCCUGCUCCUGCUCCUAUUACUACAACAACUACCACGACUAUUGCAAGAGACGGACGUGCAGCAGCAGCACAAGAGAAACAAAAACAAAAAGAAAUCAUUGCAAGACAUGCAUUUCAUUUAGCUAAAUCUAAUAUCAAUGAAGCUUUAGCAUUCAUGCGAGAUAAUUCUAUUCCAACUGAAUUUCUUCGAUAUUCUACCUGGUAUCAAAAUACAUUCAAGCUUAUUGAUUUAUUAGAACAAUAUGAAAAAGCGAAAAUUAAACAAAAUCUCAAAACAAUCUAUACAUGGCCAGAAUCAUUUCCUCAUUGUACACCAACAUUACGUGAAGUCGUUGAUCGUUGGAUCAGAGAAGAAUUUCAUCGUACAUCACGAGCUAAAUGUUUAAUUCUCAUUGGACCAACUGGUACUGGAAAAACAACAUUUGCUAAAUCAUUACCUGGUCAAUACAAUUAUUUCAAAGGACGUUGGCGGUUAAAUACUUGGAAUGAUUUUGCUGAUUAUUUAAUUUUCGAUGAUAUUGAUUGGGAUCGAUAUGAAGAAUUAGGUUUUCCUCUUAAAAAAGAUUUAUUAACACAAAAUGGCAUCACCAUUACGACAGAUAAAUAUGAAAAAACCAGAGAAAUUGAUGUUACACAACCUGCUAUUGUUCUGUUAAAUCCAGGUCGAUCGGAAGGAGCAUUAGGACGUCAACCGAUUUCAUACGAAGAUCAAUGUGAAAAUUCAUUUUGGCAACAACGAGCUAUAAUUUAUCGAAUGGGUCAUAAUGAAUAUUUUUAUAAACCAAACUAUGACCAAGACAAUAUCGUGAAUCCAACAUCAAAUAAUCCAUCCAUGAGUACUAAUCAAGAACAUAUAAAUAAUGAUAGUACAUAUGAUAUAUUUGAUGAACUCACUGAACGUUCUCGACAUCAACAUCUUAAAUAA